AAACAAGACAAUGGACAUUUGACUGGGUUUUCAGCAAUAUCUGAGUUCACUGGACUGCUUUCUGCCUCUCCCCAUCCUCUACAUAAGAAUAUAUGGAAUGCUCGUGAAGGUUAUGUUAGAAGAGUAUUGCCGAUGGCUUCAGAAUCUGUGAGUGCAAAACAGGCAAGAAAUCACUGUAGCAAGGGGAAGAGGCAGCAUCCCCAGCAGGUAAAGAAUACACCGAACACACCUUCCUCAGUCAGUGACGGGGAUGGAGAUGACUCUUUUAUCUUUGAAGCACAAGAAGCUUGGAAAGAUUUUCAUGGUUCUCUGCUUCAGUUUUAUGAAAAUGGGGAGCUUUGUGAUGUCACACUAAAGGUUGGCUCAAAGCUAAUCUCUUGUCACAAACUGGUAUUAGCUUGUGUUAUUCCCUACUUCAGAGCCAUGUUUCUCUCGGAAAUGGCUGAAGCCAAGCAAACACUGAUUGAAAUUAGAGAUUUUGAUGGUGAUGCAAUAGAAGAUCUGGUUAAGUUUGUCUAUUCUUCACGACUCACUUUGACUGUGGACAAUGUCCAGCCACUCCUUUACGCAGCCUGUAUCUUACAAGUUGAGCUGGUGGCCAGAGCAUGUUGUGAAUACAUGAAGUUACACUUUCAUCCCUCCAACUGCCUGGCAGUUAGAGCUUUUGCAGAAAGUCAUAAUCGCAUAGACUUGAUGGACAUGGCUGACCAGUAUGCGUGUGAGCAUUUUACUGAAGUUGUGGAGUGUGAAGAUUUUGUGAGCAUUUCCCCCCAGCACCUGCACAAGCUUUUGUCCUCCAGUGAUCUAAACAUUGAGGAUGAGAAACAGGUCUACAGUGCAGCCAUCAAGUGGCUUCUUGCCAAUCCUCAGCAUCAUUCCAAAUGGUUGGAUGAAACUCUUGCACAGGUUCGUUUACCUUUGUUGCCAGUCGAUUAUCUGAUGGGUGUGGUUGCCAAAGAGCAAAUUGUCAAACAGAAUCUGAAAUGUAGAGAUUUAUUGGAUGAAGCAAGAAAUUACCAUCUUCACUUGAGUAGCAGAGCAGUGCCUGAUUUUGAAUAUUCCAUCCGGACAACCCCGAGGAAGCAUACUGCUGGUGUGCUGUUUUGCGUAGGUGGUCGAGGUGGAUCUGGUGACCCUUUUCGCAGUAUUGAGUGUUACUCUAUCCACAGAAACAGCUGGUUCUUCGGGCCAGAAAUGAAUAGUCGAAGGCGACAUGUGGGAGUCAUCUCUGUGGAAGGUAAAGUGUAUGCAGUGGGUGGACAUGAUGGAAACGAGCACUUAGGUAGCAUGGAGAUGUUUGAUCCUCUCACGAAUAAGUGGAUGAUGAAGGCAUCUAUGAAUACAAAAAGGCGCGGAAUUGCCUUAGCCUCCUUGGGAGGCCCAAUUUAUGCCAUUGGAGGGUUAGAUGACAACACUUGUUUCAGUGAUGUGGAGAGAUAUGACAUAGAGUCCGACCAGUGGAGCUCGGUCGCACCAAUGAAUGCUCCCCGGGGAGGAGUUGGCUCUGCGGCUCUCAUGAGCCAUGUUUAUGCAGUUGGUGGCAAUGAUGGAGUGGCUUCUCUAUCUAGUGUGGAGAGAUAUGAUCCACACCUAGAUAAGUGGAUAGAAGUGAAAGAAAUGGGUCAGCGAAGAGCAGGCAAUGGAGUUAGUGAGCUCCAUGGUUGCCUAUAUGUUGUUGGUGGGUUUGACGAUAACUCUCCGCUGAGUUCAGUGGAACGCUAUGACCCUCGGAGCAACAAGUGGGAUCAUGUAGCAGCACUUACCACUCCUCGGGGAGGAGUGGGAAUUGCAACAGUGAUGGGCAAAAUCUUUGCAGUUGGCGGCCAUAAUGGCAAUUCCUAUCUGAAUACGGUGGAAGCAUUUGAUCCAGUGCUGAACAGAUGGGAACUUGUUGGAUCUGUGUCUCACUGCAGAGCUGGCGCAGGAGUGGCUGUGUGCGCCUGCUUGACCAGCCAGAUUCGCGAUGUAGGCCAUGGAGCAAGCACUGUGGUUGACUGUAUGUGAUCUGAGCUGCCACUGCCAACAGAUCAUCUGAUGGGCAAGAGACACAACCAGGAUUUUGUAUGACAACCUUUAGAUCAUUUGAACUACUGCUAGAGCCUUACUUGAAUCUGAGAUGUUAUAUUGUGAUUGUGUGCAACCUCUGGAAUGGUAACUAAAAAAUUACUAGGAUAAAGUUAAAUUUGAUACUUUCUAUUUAGCAAGUAUUGGAGUAGGGAAGGAAGAUAGUGUAAUCUGUAACUAUACCUCUGAAAAAUGUUAAAAUUAGCCCCCAAGCCUUGAAAUCUCUUUAA